AUGGAGGCCGGCAGGUCUGACCCUCCGCUCAGCUCUCGGCCGCCUCCGGCGUGGGGUGGACGGUCAAGCCGCUCUCCCGACCGUCACGCAGAUUUCCCAGGAAAACCCCUGCCAGUCCGUGCAACCAGCGAACAGUCGGAAAUCUUCCAGACGGCCCCCGGGGAGGGCCGGCGGGAUGCGAGCUGCAGGCCGACUCAGUCGGACCUCGGACACUUGGUAUUAACUUUCAGCUUUGGGAAGGGCAACAACCAGGAGACAAACAAGAGGAAAAAGGAGAAGCAUCAACAGAAGCGAGUCUUUUGUGACAAAUGCAACAAAGGCUUCCACUACCGACAUCAGCUGAAGCAGCACAUGAGGCGUCACGACCAACCGUUCGCCUGCGAUCAGUGCGACAAACGCUUCCACAAGGAGAAGAGCUUCCAAACUCACCUCCAGGCCCACAAAGUAAAACUAGCCAGAGAGAAGAGUCAGAAAAUGUGGCCUUGUAGCCGGUGUGACAAACAGUUCAGACUCCAGAAGAAACUGGAAGCUCACCUGUUGCACCACGAAGAGCAGAAGAUCUUCAAGUGCUCCGUUUGCGAGAAGUCGUUUGGUAAGAUGCAUCUGCUGAAACGACACCAGGCCGUCCACUCUGGAGUCCGCCCGUUCGUCUGCGACACCUGCGGGAAAGGAUUCACCGCCAAGAGCGUCCUGCAGGAGCACCAGUCCAUUCACACCGGAGAAAAACCCUUCACCUGCGCCUCCUGCGGAAAGAGUUUCAGGACUUCUGCUCACCUGUUCUCUCACAAGAAGGUGCACUCAGAAGAGCGGCCGUUCGAAUGCUCCGACUGCAGUAAGACGUUCAAGCUGAAGCGAGCGUUGGCGCAGCACCAGAUCGUCCACACGGGGGAAAAACCCUUCGCCUGCCAGACCUGCGGGAUCGGAUUCGGUCUGAAGAACAACCUCCGGAGACACCUCCGCGUGCACACGGGUGAGAAGCCGUUCAGGUGCGAGGAGUGUGGGGAGGAGUUCUCGGGAACGUGUGCGUUCAAGACCCACAUGCUCGUUCACGGUGCCGAGAAACCGUUUAUGUGUGACCUCUGCGGGAAGACGUUUUUCUACAACUCGAAGCUGCUGGAGCACCAACAGGUGGCGCACCAGGGCCGAGAGGUGGCGCAGACAAACCUCGAAUCCUUCCGCUGUGCCGUCUGUCAGAAAGCGUUUUCUAGCGCCGACGCCUUGAGAGUUCACGAAGGAAUCCACACAGAGGAAAACAAAUUCAUCUGCGCCACCUGCGGGAAGUCUUUCCACCGUAAAUGUACGUUCGUCUACCACAUGCGGCGGCACGGCGAGGAGAGGCUCAACAGCUGCGGCGUGUGCGGGAAGAGGUUCCCGCAGCUGAGCCGUCUGAAGGACCACAUGACUCUGCACACCGGAGAGAAAAGGUACACGUGCGAACAGUGCGGCAAAGCUUUCAGGACGCGCAACAACUUCUACCGACACGCCAAACUCCACAGAGGAGAGCGGCCGUACGAGUGCCAGGUCUGCAGCAGCAAGUUCAGCCAGUCCAACCAGCUGAAGUCGCACAUGCAGAUCCACACCGGGGUGAAGUUGUACUCCUGCGGGCGCUGCAGUCGGGGCUUCUCCGACUCCAGGCAGCUCAAGAAACACAGCUGUGGUGACGGCUUUCAGAAACCAGCCAUCAACACGUGACCCCGGACCCAGAAGACGUCGUCACAAUGUGAAGUUUGAUUCUUUUUUAUGGUCUUGAAAUAAUGAUUUGGUGUUGGUUUGCCACGAUAUUGACCUGUGCUCGAGUUGAACAAGCCUCAAUCAACUUCCUCCUUUCCUGUACUUGGAUAUGCUAUGCUAAGCUAAUCUAUGUUGAAAAGACGACCACAGUUUGAAGAUGGUUACACAAAGCUCAACUGUGAUUGGAGCACAGGGCAAAAAGGGGCGGGGCUUAUGAAGGUUAGUCGGACGGAUUGAGGUGAAAGUUUAUACCAAAGUUCAUUUUCCCCAGACAACGAGUCCGACUGAAUUUGGUGACUCUCCCUUUAGGAACAUGAACAUCAGGAUGAACUGACUUUAAUCUAUCGUCAGGUCAACAUUUGAAUGUGUCCAGUGCCUUCGUUAACCUUUAACCUGAGCUGUACUUCCUAACUCACUAAACCAAGAUGUGAACAUGUUAAACAUUAUACAAGCUAAGCAUGUUAGCAUACUGAUACUGACAAAUCCCCACUGUGCCUAAAGCAGAGCUGUAGAGACGCUUGUAUGUUUAAAUAUAUAAUAUUUAUAUAAAUAUAUAUAAUAAAAGGGCAAACAGACAAACAAUCACAUUGAAUAAAUACAAACAACUCAGGGUUUGUGACAUCAACAGGUAAUUCUACCUUUUAUUUUCUGAAUGUAUACUUAAUCAUUUUAAUGUUCAUUGUUUUACACUAAAGUUGUGUGUUGUGUCUUUAUUUUGCUACUUUUACCGACCAAAACAAUACACUGAUUAACGUAUACUUUUAAGUAUUUAAAUGAAAUAAAAUAUGUUUAAAAA